AUGUCAUGCUCGAUCAGAAUUAAGAUCGGCUACGAUUGUUGUUGUUUACGAUCCUCGCGAUGUAAACUAGUAGAGUAUGUAAGAAAAUUCGCUAGUUUUCUAAAAGCAAGUGAAAGUUGUGAAGCUCUCGUAAAUCAAUUUUUGGAACUCCAGCAAAAUAGAGCUAUUGCCUACAGCACACUUGAAAGUGCCCAUAAAACCUAUUUACAAACGGCUCCAGACUAUGAUUUUCAAACUUAUCGACAACAUGUCGCAAAAAUUACUGAACAAUUUGCAUCCAUUUCCAAACAAAUCCUUGCUAUCAUUGCUAAAUUAGAAAUAAAUGAAAAGACCAAAGCUGUUGCAGAACUAAUGAAAGAUAUACAAGCUGGCGAGAAAGAUAAACUUCAAUUGACUACCAAGCUGCAAUGCGCUAAACAAGAUGUCAUUGAUCAUCCAGACCAAGAUUAUGAACUUCAAGUUCGCGAAUUAAGAAAGGAGUAA